AUGUCAGUCCCUUUAACCAAAGUUGAUUCCGCCAUCGCCGGCCUGUCAUUAGAUGACAAACCUCCCGUUCCCUCAGAAAAGGAGGUCAAGAAAGGCCACAAGCGCCUUUCCUCUCAAGGCGCCAAUGUCUGGAACAUCAAGGACCUAGAGGCACAAAAGAUUGAACUCGAGCUGCCCAUCGAAACACAAAAGACCGGAUGGCGGUUAAACGCCUCACCAAGCACAGUUGAAGACAAGGACAUCCUGGGGAUGUACCUCGUCACACCCCCCGUCAAGAAAAUCGAACUCCACUUCCCACUGGGUCUAGAAGUCUCCGCCCGGAAUCUGAAGGGCGUGACGAUAAAGGACGCCAUGGAUGCCAUCUACAAGCAAUACAAGAAGAAGAAGGACGACGAACUCCAGGAGCCUUUCCUGAAAGGCUUCGAGUGGGACAAAGAAGAUUGCUGGACACGACUCAUCGUCCACCAGUCAAGCACAGGCCCACCCAAAGAGUCAGGCAGCAAGAAGUCCAAAAAGAAGAACAAGGAGGCAUAG